UUCUUGAAUCUAAUUAUUUUCUUCAGAAAACAAAGCAAUAUAUAUUCCAGCAACAACUUUAAAAUUUAUUAAAAAUGAAGAGGUCAUCUUCCAAGCAUCAGCCCCAAACUAAGGGUAACUUCGUAACAAUUCUCAGCAUUGAUGGAGGUGGUAUUAGGGGAUUAAUUCCUGCAACUAUUCUUGAGUACCUUGAAUCUCAACUCCAGGAAUUGAAUGGCAAGGAUGUGAAACUUGCAGAUUACUUUGAUAUAAUUGCAGGAACGAGCACGGGUGGCCUUGUGACGGCCAUGCUAACAGCUCCAAACAAAGAUGAACGUGCUCCAAACAAAGACAAACGUCCUUUGUUUGCUGCUAAAGACAUAAAGCCAUUUUAUUUAGAACAUGGCCCUAAGAUAUUGCCACAAAAAAAUUUGACGGCGUUUGGAUCAAUUAUGAGGAAUUUAGAAUUAGCAAUGGGACUGCGAUAUGAUGGAAAGUAUCUUCACAAACUCAUACGAGGGAAACUAGGAGAGACUCGUUUGCAUGAGACAUUGACUAAUGUGGUUAUUCCAACUUUUGAUAUCAAGAAAAUGCAGCCUACAAUUUUCUCCACUUAUGAGGCCAGAGAAAAUCCAUUAAUGGAUGCUAGGCUUUCAGAUAUAUGCAUUGGUACAUCUGCUGCUCCAACAUAUCUUCCUGCACAUUAUUUCAAGACCCAGACCGAAGGCAAAGAUGGCAUAAUUCAUCAUCGUGAUGUGUUCAAUCUUGUUGAUGGUGCAAUUGCAGCUAACAAUCCGGCCCUUAUUGCUACAAGUGAAGUGACAAAACGAAUAUACAGAGAAGACCCAGAUUUCUACCCAAUCAAGACCACUGAUUAUAGAAAAAUUUUGGUGAUCUCAAUAGGCACCGGAAAAGCAAAACCAAAACCAAACCAUAAUGCUAAAACUGCAUCCAAAUGGGGUAUAUUAGGAUGGCUGUUUAGUGAAGGUUCAAGUCCAAUUAUUGAUGCUUUUACUGAUGCUAGUGAUGAUAUGGUUGAUUAUCAUAUUUCUGUUGCUUUCCAAGCUCUUCAUUCUGAAGAACAUUACCUUCGUAUUCAGGAUGACACAUUAAGUGGAACAGAAUCCUCUGUUGACAUAGCAACCAUAGAGAACAUGAACAAAUUGGUCAAAAGAGGAGAAACUUUAUUGAAGAAACAAGUUUCAAGGGUAAAUCUGAAGACAGGUCUAUUUGAACCACAAGAAACUGGUGGUACAAAUGAAGAAACUUUGAAAAGGUUUGCGAAUUUGCUUUCUGAAGAAAAAAGUUUCAGGGAUUCCAAGUCACUUCAUACAAACAAUACAUCAUACUAGCUCAUCAUUUGUAGAGACGAAGCCAUAAUUUGAAGUUUAUUGGGCUUUUAAUUAAUAAUGUAUACAUAUUAAAUAAAUUUCUUAAAAGAAAUACGAUGUUUAAAUAAAAACUUCUAAGUUGUGUCGAAUCCGCUUCUUAUGCUCUAGCGCCGCCCCUGAAUUCAUUUGUUUGGAGCACACAAGAAUCCUUGUUCAUUUGUUCGUGCAUGGAGUUGUAAUUCGAUUUA